GUCAAACCCGCGCGGCGCCGCCGCCGGAGAGGCACAUAAAUUAGCAUAUGAUUUGCAUCUCGUUCAGGGCCCGGGCCCGGGCUCGGGCCUGGCUGGCGCGGGAUGAGGCCGCUGUUGCCCCUGAGGCUCCGGCGGGCGGCGGCCGGGGGGCUCCCGCGCUGCUUCGGCAUGGCCCGGCGCGGGGGUCCCGCCUGGCGGCUCUCCAUCGAGGGCAACAUCGCUGUGGGCAAGUCCACUUUCGUAAGGCUGCUGGGAAAAACCUUUCCAGAAUGGCAAAUGGCUACAGAACCAGUGGCAAAAUGGCAAAAGGUUCAAGCUUCCAGUAGCAGAGAGCAGACCUCGUCUUCUCAGAACUUUGGCAACCUGCUUCAAAUGGUCUAUCAGGAGCCUUCUCGGUGGUCCUAUACGUUCCAGACAUACUCCUGCAUGAGUCGACUUAAGGCCCAGCUGGAGCCCCUUUCAGAGAAGCUGUUGAAGACCUGGGAUCCAGUACAGAUUUUUGAGAGAUCUGUAUACAGUGAUAGGUACAUCUUUGCUAAGAAUCUCUUUGAGCUUGGCCACCUCGCUGAGAUUGAAUGGACCAUUUACCAGGAUUUGCACACCUUCCUCCUACAAGAGUUCGGGGAUCGAAUUGCUCUGCAUGGCUUUCUGUAUCUCCAGGCAACUCCAGAGAAAUGUCUGGAGCGGUUGCACCGAAGGGGGAGGCCUGAGGAGAAGGCGAUCCAGUUGGAAUAUCUGGAGCAGCUUCACACUCAGCAUGAAAACUGGCUAGUAAAGAAAACCACGGAGGUCCACUUUGAAAACCUAAGGAAUGCUCCAGUCUUUGUGCUUGAUGUCAAUAAUGAUUUUGAGGAUGACCCAGCUGAACAAGAGGAGCUCAUGAGGAAGGUAAAGGCUUUUAUAAAGACUCUGUGAUCUGAAGCUUUGCCAUCUCCCUCCACUACCAAUCCAGAAUUUCUUAUUUAUUUGCGACCAGUUGAACCUGAUAAUGCUGCUUGCCAUUAAAAGGUCAAACAAAAUAAUCAGCAAAUCUGUGUGUCAAACUUGGAAGGCCAAAAAUGUAACUGAGGUAUUUUAGUGAA